GGGCACGCGAAAUUUCAUAACCCCUCGCAGAUCUGCAAUGGAGGUUUUCGAGAAAGCCAAAACCGUGAGGCUAAAGAGCCACCACGACAAAUACCUCGUGGCCGAUCGCAACGAGGAAUCGGUUAUCCAGGACCGGCGCCACCGCGACUCCAAGGCCGCGAAAUGGACCGUGGAAUUCGUCGAGGGCGCGCACUUCGUGAUCCGCCUCAAGAGCUGCUUCGGCAGAUACCUAACCGCCGCCGACGAGCAGCACCUCCUCGGUGUGACUGGCAGGAGGGUUCUCCAAACGAUGCCGAAGAAAUUGGAUUCGAAGAUCGAAUGGGAGCCCGUGAGGGAAGGCAACUUGGUGAAGCUGAAAACGCGAUACGGGAACUUCCUGAGGGCAAAUGCGGGAAUUCCCCCUUGGAGAAACUCGAUCACCCACGACAUUCCUCACCGGCAUAAGGAUUGGAUUUUUUGGGAGGUUGAGGUUCUCGAAUUCCGGCAACAAGAGCCGGAAAAGGUACCGCGAUCCGCUGACGCAGACGACGAUGACUUAACCACCUUUAACCUAACCUCCUCAACCGUUUCCGCACCCUCGUCGGCGGAGGGUCGGCUAAUAUAUUACGCAGUGGGGGACGAGAAAGGAAGGGUUGAUGAUUCAGUGGAAUGGCCGAGCUUCUAUUUUAAAGGGCAUAGUCUGGAGGAGUUGAGUGAAAAGUUGGAAGAAGAAACGGGGCUUGAAGAUAUCAUUGUAUGCACGCGCAACCCUUUGAACCACAGCAUUUCCCCGCUCCGCCUAGCUCUGCCUCCCAACAAUUCCACCAUGCACCUCCUCCUUCUUCCCUCCACAUCCCAAGCGGCAAGAGAAUUUCUGCCGGAAAGUUCCUCCACGGCGGAUUGAUGGUGAUACAUACACUCAAGAGAAGAACAUUAUAUUCAUGCUUAGUUACUGCAUAUUACAUGUAGCCUUCUUGUUGGAGUUGUUUUGAACUAUACAUGAUUUGGAAUGAAAGAACCUCUGCUAAAAAUGUUUCGUGAGUGUAGACUUGACCUGAUCCAAGAGGUCAAGAAAUGGUUAAUAUACGGAAAUUUAAGAGAA